AUGGCGGCCUGGGCAGCUUUCAAAGCCGACCAUGUCUGCCCUUGAAUGUCCAGACAUAGUUUUCGCUGUUUCUGCCUCUCGAGCCAAGGUCUAGCCUAUCUACGCACCUCUCUCUCCCUCGUCUCCCUGGGGAUAGGCGUGGCGCAGCUCUUCCAGAUUCCCGAUCUCGUUCGCAGCCGCUCUGCCGACGAUGACGGUCAUGAUGGCUCGGAGGGCGGCGAGGUCGCACUGCUGCGCUUCAUGCGCAGGCUCGCCGACGAUGAUGGCGCACGCAGAGCGGGCAUCAAUUUGGGCAAGCCAAUCGGAGCGCUCUGCAUCCUCCUGGGCGGCCUCUGUCUGCUCUUUGGCGCGCGCAGGUACUUUGUGGUGCAACGUGCGCUCGUGAGAGGGAGGUUUGAGCCGAGUCGGAUUGAGGUCUCGGCGCUCUCCCUCGGCGCCGGCGCGCUCAUCGUGUGCAGCUUUGGGGUGAUUGUGGGCGCGAGACUUGGCAGCAGCAGUGGCUGAGAGCAGGCACGAUCGAUCUGAGGGGGGCAUGGGAGUGGGUGAUAAUGUGAUGCGGCUCCUGACUUGCUUCUCGCCCAGCCUAGGCGACACUUGGAGGCGGGCGGCGAGGCGAGGCAUGCGUGGGAGCAGCACGCCUUGCCUAUGCGCCUGCCCUUGCCCGCGACUCGCUCACCUCUAUCGGGCAGCGCAGCCGAGAGGCCCGCCUGACGCAUGCCACUUCGAAUUCCGCGUGCAACUCCUUCUUGCAAUGCCCGUCGCGGCACUCGAGUCAGCGCACCAUCAGCGCAGCACGCUCAGCGUCAGGG